AAGCCAAACAAAGUCCAGCUCAUCGCCAUGGACCUGCCCAUGGUCAGCGGGGACCGGAUCCACUGCCUGGACAUCUUAUUUGCCUUUACAAAGCGGGUUCUGGGUGAAAGCGGAGAGAUGGACUCUCUUCGUUCGCAGAUGGAAGAGCGCUUCAUGGCAGCAAAUCCUUCUAAAGUUUCCUAUGAACCCAUAACAACUACACUUAAACGCAAACAGGAAGACGUGUCUGCUACUAUCAUUCAGCGAGCUUAUCGACGUUACCGCUUACGGCAAAAUGUCAAAAAUAUAUCAAGUAUAUACAUAAAGGAUGGAGACAGAGAUGAUGAUUUGCCUAAUAAAAAAGAUACAGUUUUUGAUAAUGCUAAUGAGAACUCAAGUCCAGAAAAGACAGAUGCAACCCCUUCUACCAUCUCUCCACCUUCAUAUGAUAGUGUGACAAAGCCAGACAGAGAGAAGUAUGAGAGAGACAAACCGGAAAAGGAAGACAAAGACAAAGAUGGCAAGGAAAGCAAAACAUAGAGCUGUGUUUUUGAUAUAUUGUUUACAGCCUAUGAAGGUGAUAUGAUACAUUUGUGUUAGUAAGACUCUUUUAAGGAGGUCUCUGCCAAAAAUUUUUCUCAAAAUAGUCUCAAAGUCAAUGCAGUCACUAGCUCUGAUUAAAGUAGGUGGAAAGCACUAGCAGAUGGCUAUUUUUGCAUUGGCAAAUGAUUCCGUAAGAACUGAAAGUUACUCUAUAGGCAUUAUUGAUUAUAACAAAGAAUGGUGAUUUAAUUUUAUUUGUUCGUAAUAAAUCAGAGGAGCGGGUAGAAAAUGUUCACAUCUUCCUUGUCAUAUUUUCACAGGAUUGUAAACAUUCAUGUUUCCCUUCCAAAUACAAACCACACACACACACACACACACACACACACACACACACACACACACAAAUACCUAUAAUCUGAAUAUCUAUAAAACUAUUUUGCCUUGGCUGUGCGAUGAAAUGCCCUGAGAGUAAGAACUGACAUUAGUAAAGAGUGUUUAGUUAAAUACCUUGUUAUUAGGGAGCAAAAUUAUUUUAUACAUGUACAGAAGUCAUUCUAUAUUUUGAGGUGCUUAAAUUUAUUCUAUAUCGCUUCAGAACCAAUUUUUAUGUGCCUAUAAAUGCCAUGGAAUUAAAGACAUUGUAGCACAUUCAUCUCAACAAAUAGUUGUCAUCCAUCUUGACUCAUAUACCAACCAUGAUAAGACUUCCCUGCAGGGUAUUGUGCUUGAUAGCCUGCUUUCUUAAAUAUUUUUCUUUGUUCAUACAACAACCAUAAACAUGAAAAAUUACAUGCACACCGCAUUCUUCAAAAGAAAAGAAAGGGAAGAAAUUGAGAAAAGAAGCAACUGAAGAGAGCUUUCUCCACCAUUAUUUAUACACUAAUAGUGGACUGUGCUGCCCUAAAGCACCAAUAAUGACCCAACUCAAUCUGUUUUGUCUCAAUUUUCUGCUGUCUCAUGCAGUGUUGUUUCGUCAUUCUUCAGCACUAAGCAAAGUUGACGUUACCCUUCAAUGAAGAGCUUCCUGAUAUGCAGGUGGCUGUUUGGUACCACAGUACAUGUUUGAGCAGAUAAUGACUUGGGCACAGUAUUGACUGUGCCACUUGUAUACCAUCCUAAAUGUGUGUGGGAAGCCUUCAAGUCAAAAUAAAUGGCAGCCUUUCAACCCAGACUUGGUGCAUGGGCAAAAAUUGAGUUACGUAAGUAGGGAGUCAUUUUAUUUAGAAGACUGUGUGGGAGUUCUCAAAGCAAAUAUAUAGAACACACUUCAUUAAUUUGCUUUUUUAAAUUAAAAAAACAUAAAUUGCAUUUCUAUAAUAAGUACUUAAAAUAUGUUUUUUCUUGUUCUGGCUAGCUAAAAAUAAAGGAGAUUUAAAUAUACUAACAGAGAUGAAGAGUUUUGGGUGGAGAAUGAGAGACAGAGGAAGAGACUAAGAAACACAGAUCUGAGAAAGACAGACUGAAACAAGGGGCCUUUCAACAGAACUUCCAAACUAGAACAUUUUAAAAUUGUGAUGUAUUUUAUGACAUCCAUGAGGGAGAUUAUCAUUUCUAGACAUUUAUCCUAAGGUACAUAGAAAUUAAAUCUAGAGCCAUUCUUUACACUUAGGCUCAAUCAUUCAUCUUAGAUUAUCUGAGCCUCUUUUUUUUCUUUGCUAUGAGAGAUACCAUGCAGUGUUUUCCUAGACUAUGUAGAACAUUAUAUCACAUACCUGCUAAGACUCUUAAAAACUGGUUUGACAGUUUAAUUAGGGAACCAUACAAACUAUAUCACAUUUGUAAGAUUUUAUAAUACAUUCAAUUAAAAUCACCUUAAAUUUGAAUUCAGUCUAGCCUCAUUAUUUUAAAUCUAUAUAAAUGUAAUUGUAUUUUGCAUAUUUAUGUAAUAGAGUAUGAAAACAUGUAUGAUGGGCAGGUUUAUGUGUGAUUUACUAAUAAUGUUUUUACAUUGCCUGAUAUUUAUGUAAAGUAAAAUAUUGGCAACUGGUUCCUCAACACUGUUUCUUCUUAGCAUUUCAAAAACAACUACAAAGUAACUCCUAUUUCAUGCCGAACCUCCUUCAUGGGGAACUGUAAUUUUCUUAAAAAAAUAAACCCAGUUGGGUUUUGAAUAUGUUUUCUCAGGAAUGUCUAGUUGUAACUUUUUAUCAGUUAAAACACAAUGUUUGGAACUAAGAGCUUAUUUAGUACAGUGUAAGCUUGAAGUAAAAUUAGAUGCUUCUUUUCAUGUAAGUUACUGCUUGGUACUGACUAUGAGAUAGAAACCCCUAGAAGGUGCUGUCAUACUAAUACUUAAGUUACAUAAUCACUGAAUUUCUUUCCUAAUUAUGUAGAAUGGUAGUUACACUGUAAAAUUUAAAUCACAAUAAAGUGGAAGCAAAGAGAUUUGAACACAAAUCUGUAUCUAAAUUUGGAUACAGAUGCUCUCACCAUUUCAAUUUCCUGUUUUGACUGUUACAUAGUUUGCAAAAGAUGUAAGUGACUAGCAGGCUGUUUCUAAAUGUUGAUUGUUGAAAACCCCCAACCAAAAUGUUCAGCAUGAUUUUAUAGAAUUUUGAUAGAUUUAUUAAAAAGAGUUAAGAUAAAAUGCAUAUGUAAAUAAAGCUAUUCUAAAUAGCAAUUUCAGAGAAAUGUUCAUGGAAGCAAUGAAAGGAAGGCCAGCUAAAUUAGAUGGUAGAGUAAUUGGCCUGGGUUUAGGACCUAUGUAUAGAGGCCAGUAAUUUUUUUAAACAUCUGUGGUUUAUUAUGUUAUAUUCUUGAGGAAAACGAUCAAGAAUUGCUUCAUAAAAAUAAAUGAAUAGCCAUAAGUAUACCAAUGCUGUUUACAUAGAAUUCUUUACAGAUUUCAUACAGCUAUGAAUGCUCAAAAUGUUUGUCAUAAAUUAUAGUAUAGUUACACUUGAGACUUAUACAUUGUAAUAGAAUCUAAAAAUAAAAGUCA